CCCUUUCUUUGUUGACAUGAAAAAGAGAGUUUGUCAUAGGAGAGACAUGUAAACACGGUUCAUCAAGAGAUUUGACUAAAGAAUUCUGGGAUUGGUGUAGCUGGAUGCCGGUCAUGUUUCUCUGUGGUAUUGUUGCUGGUUUAAAGCAUGUUUUGUGUUUCCUCUGGGGUGCUAUAACCUCCCCCAGUUUUAUGAUGCGCCCGUGACGUUGACAGCUUGCAGAUUUAUCUGCGAGACACGUCGUAUGGUCAUUAUGAGCUGGAGCUGUUCCCGCGACAACAGGGGUCGUGACCUUAUUGUGGCUGAAUGCAUCAUGCUAUAGAUGCGUUUAAUUGGCGGGAUGGAGGGGGUCGUUCCUCUGUUUUACUGCGCUGUUCCUCCAAGUCCUUCAAGCUGUACUCCCCAAAGGAGCCCCCCAACGGCAGUGCUUUCCCCCCCUUCCACCCCGGCACCAUGCUGGACAGAGACGUGGGCCCGACGCCCAUGUACCCCCCCACAUACCUGGAGCCUGGAAUUGGGAGACACACGCCGUAUGGAAACCAGACAGACUACAGGAUAUUUGAACUCAAUAAGAGACUUCAGAACUGGACUGAGGAGUGUGAUAAUCUGUGGUGGGACGCCUUCACUACUGAAUUCUUUGAAGAUGACGCUAUGUUGACCAUCACGUUCUGUCUGGAGGACGGUCCAAAACGAUACACGAUUGGCCGGACGUUAAUUCCACGUUACUUCAGGAGUGUGUUUGAGGGCGGAGCCACGGAGCUCUACUACAUCCUCAAGCACCCUAAAGAGUCUUUUCACAACAACUUUGUGUCUCUGGACUGUGAUCAGUGUACGAUGGUCACACAGAACGGCAAACCCAUGUUCACACAGGUGUGUGUGGAGGGCCGUCUGUAUCUGGAGUUCAUGUUUGAUGAUAUGAUGAGGAUAAAGACGUGGCACUUCAGCAUCAGACAGCACAGAGAGCUCAUCCCCCGCAGCAUCCUGGCCAUGCAUGCACAGGACCCGCAGAUGUUGGACCAGCUGUCUAAAAACAUCACCAGAUGCGGCCUCUCAAACUCCACCCUCAACUACCUCAGAUUGUGUGUUAUCCUGGAGCCCAUGCAGGAGCUGAUGUCCAGACACAAGACGUACAGUCUGAGUCCCAGAGAUUGUCUGAAGACGUGUCUCUUCCAGAAGUGGCAGAGGAUGGUCGCACCUCCCGCUGAACCGGCUAGACAGGCACCAAGCAAACGGCGGAAGCGCAAGAUGUCGGGCGGAAGCACCAUGAGCGCAGGUGGAGGCACCAACAACAACAGCAACAGCAAGAAGAAGAGUCCUGCAAACAGCUUCCCACUGUCCAGUCAGGUCCCUGAUGUGAUGGUGGUGGGUGAACCCACUUUGAUGGGUGGGGAGUUCGGUGAUGAAGAUGAGCGACUGAUAACGCGGCUGGAGAACACACAGUUUGACGCAGCCAACGGCAUAGACGAUGAGGACAGCUUUAACAACUCGCCUGCGCUGGGUGCCAACAGUCCCUGGAACAACAAGCCUCCGUCCAGUCAGGAAGGCAAGAACGACAACCCCACCUCACAGGCAUCUCAGUGAGACUCAGGGCCGGGGGCGGGGCAGGGGACAGCCAAUGGGAGCGUCGGGCAUCAGAUGGGAAGAAAGAAGCGUCGUUCAUCUACCUGCAGAACGGAAUCCAGCGCUGGUCUUCCUAUGUAAGCAGGAAAUAAACACAUAGGACCAGAGAUGAGAGCCAAACCAGAACAGAACACACACAGGACAGCAGACAGUUUUUAAUCAAGCGCUCUCUGUUUUCAUGUUGGUGUUUCAUGGGGUGGAACGUCCUCUGAGGAGCAUGUAGAUAUAGUUGAUAUGAUUAAGUUAAGACGGGAUGAAGAAACCCUGGUGGGAAGCGCCAACACGUCAAACAUGCCAACGGGUGAAUCACACAAAACCUGUCAAGAACACGUCCAGAUCAUUUCAUUGCUGAAUGAAGAAAAAAGACGUUUUAUUUCUCUUUUACUCUCCUCUUCUUAUUCCUAAUUAUGCUUCUCAUUACUGUAACACUGUUUUGUUUUUUUGUGAACUUUUAACCCUGGUUACUUACAUGAAAAUCAAACUUGUUUUUUACAAAAUACAUUACAGUAGUGAGAAUUGCUGGGACUAUGGUCCCCAGAAUGGGUUUUAUUUUCUUACUCUUCCUUUAGAUUUCCAAUUGAAAUACGUUCGCAGGUUCUGGACAGAUUUCAGUGAUUCACUUAUUUUCAGUUGGAAGAGUCUGGCGUGGGUUCGGGUCUUCCUCUGACGGAUGCUUGAAACUGUGAGCGGGUUACAUGUUGUUUAAUAGCCUGAAUCGGUUUUGCUUUUAAAGUACACAUGGAGAGCGUUUCAACUCUAAACGCAUUUUGAAGAAUUUUAUCCGUGUUUUAUACCAGCCUCUAUUUCCCUAGAAUGUUUUUAUUUCAAUUAUUUCUUGAGGUUUUUUUUACCGACAUUGAAAGCUGCAAACCAAGGAGAAACGGGACCGCUGAGGUCCUUAUAGAUUCAACCCUCAGAUUCUAUUGGUUUGUUAUUUUUUAAACAGAGUCAUUUAGUGUGAGCUUUUGAUUCAUUUCUGUGUAUUUGUGCUUGUAUAUUUAAGGUAGUAGCAGAGUUCUGUAAAACUGUAUUGAGAUGUAUUCCUCCUUCGAGUCACAUGAAGCCAUUCUGAGCUAAUGAUGUGUAAAAACAGGAACACGGGAAAGAUAAAACACAUGAACCUCAUCUUUCCCCCCUGUUGUUAUUAUUAUUAUUAUUUUAAUUUGUGUAAAACUGAUUGAUUGAAAUCAAGGGCACAGUCUCUGGUCAUUUGUUUGCAUUACAAAUCGUUUUCUACCACAAGAUACAUUAAAUGUUUGACAUGUUUUGUUUCUGCGUUCUCUCUCUCUCUCUCUCUCUAUUUCUUUCCAUCUCACACACAUGAAGUUAUGGUUUAGUUUGUGAAGAGACCGCAGCUGUGGAGAACUGGAUGUGUUCCGUUUCUCCAUCACUCAAUACAGCUGAAGUCUAGCUCGCUUUCUUUUAUUGUGUGAUUUCUUUUCUUCUGCUGGAUGAGUUUGAAUGAAUUAAAGCUCUGCACUUGUAAUUGAAACAAAAUGGUGACUUUCCUCCUUUAAUCUUGUAGAUGCCCCUGUUUGAUAGAGCCUUGUUCUUUUCCUCUUAUUUUCUGCCCUUGAUUAAAUUAAUGUAUGGAACCAAUAAAAUAUGAAUUUUCACUUUAA